AUGUCUCACAGAAAGUUCGAAGCACCACGUCAUGGUUCCUUAGGGUUCCUCCCAAGAAAGAGAUCUGCCAACAUUAGAGGUAGAGUUAAGUCAUUCCCAAAGGAUGUCAAGUCUAAGCCAGUUGCUUUGACUGCUUUCUUAGGUUACAAGGCUGGUAUGACCACCAUUGUUAGAGACUUAGACCGUCCAGGUUCCAAGAUGCACAAGCGUGAAGUCGUUGAAGCCGCCACCGUUGUUGACACUCCACCAUUAGUUGUUGUUGGUGUUGUUGGUUACGUUGAAACCCCAAGAGGUUUAAGAUCCUUGACCACUGUUUGGGCUGAACACUUAUCAGAAGAAGUCAGAAGAAGAUUCUACAAGAACUGGUACAAGUCUAAGAAGAAGGCUUUCACCAAGUACUCUGCUAAGUACGCUCAAGAUGGUGCUCAAAUUGAAAGAGAAUUAGCUAGAAUCAAGAAGUACGCUUCCGUCGUCAGAGUCUUAGCUCACACUCAAAUCAAGAAGACCCCAUUAUCCCAAAAGAAGGCCCACUUAGCUGAAAUCCAAAUCAACGGUGGUUCCGUCUCUGACAAGGUUGACUGGGCUAGAGAACACUUUGAAAAGACUGUCUCUGUUGACUCCGUUUUUGAACAAAACGAAAUGAUUGAUGUCGUUGCUGUCACCAAGGGUCACGGUUUCGAAGGUGUAACCCACAGAUGGGGUACCAAGAAGUUGCCAAGAAAGACCCACAGAGGUUUAAGAAAGGUUGCUUGUAUUGGUGCUUGGCAUCCAGCUAACGUUAACUGGACUGUUGCUCGUGCUGGUCAAAACGGUUUCCACCACAGAACUUCCAUUAACCACAAGGUCUACAGAGUUGGUACCGCCGGUGAUGAAUCAUCUGGUGCUACUGAAUUCGACAGAACCAAGAAGACCAUUAACCCAAUGGGUGGUUUCGUUAGAUACGGUAACGUUAACAACGAUUUCGUCUUAUUGAAGGGUUCUAUCCCAGGUAUCAAGAAGAGAGUUGUUACUUUAAGAAAGUCCUUAUACGUUGACACUUCUAGAAGAGCUUUAGAAAAGGUUAACUUGAAAUGGAUUGACACUGCUUCUAAGUUCGGUAAGGGUAGAUUCCAAACCCCAGCUGAAAAGCACUCUUUCUUGGGUACUUUAAAGAAGGACUUAGAAAACUAA